GCAUACAGAGCGAUAAGCGAGAAAAAAAAGGGAGAAACGCUCCAGUAUUUCAUGGAUUUAAUUUAACAAUGUCUCAUCUGGAAGUACAACAUUAUAGCUGAAGAUUACCUUAACGGAUAUUAGUAGCAGAUUACAGGAAUCUUUAACGAUGGCUGAACAAAGGCGCGGAUGGGAGUACUGGUGGAUCGCUUUGUGUUUUUCCUUCAUUCUGCUCUAUGGACAGCAGGUUUCAGCGCAGAUAAGAUACACCAUUCCUGAGGAAAUGAAACAGGGAUCUGUUGUGGGAAAUAUUGCUAAAGAUCUGGGAAUUGACGUGAGUACUUUGGCAGACAGGCGGUUCCGUAUUGUAUCUGGUUCUAAAGACGCAUUUUUCCAAGUAAAUCAGAACAAUGGCGAAUUAUAUAUUCUUAAAGGCGUAGACAGAGAAGCGAUUUGUGAAGGAAACGGUGCGUGCUUAGUGAAUCUAAAAACAGCAGUCGAAAAUCCUUUAGAGAUCCACUAUGUUGCAGUAGAAAUAACUGAUAUAAACGACAACAACCCUAGUUUUUCUGAACAGAAUCAACAUUUCGAGAUAGCAGAACACACUCCUACAGGAACGAGCUUCCAGCUGCACGCAGCAAGAGAUCAAGAUACCGCGCCAUAUUCUGUCCGUCUGUAUAAAUUAAGUCAGGAUGAAAACUUUGAAAUUGACAUCAGAAAUAGCGAUGAGGAAAAAAUCCCCUUUUUAGUGUUGAAAAAGCCACUCGAUCGCGAACACAAGGCAGAACAUCUGCUGAUAUUACAAGCAAUCGACGGUGGAAACCCUCCUAAGAAAGGAGCCCUUAAUGUCUCUGUUACUGUACUGGAUAUUAAUGACAAUCGCCCUGUGUUCAGUAAAGACAUAUAUUCAGUCAGUUUACAGGAAAAUUCCCCAGUUGGAACGACUGUAAUUAAAAUAAAAGCAACAGACACUGACGAGGGGUCAAAUAGCGAGAUUGAGUAUUCCCUUGGUAAAACUUUAAAGCGCAAAGUUUAUGACAUAUUUGACUUGGAUCACAUUACAGGGGAAAUAAAGGUUAAAGGUGAGGUUGACUUUGAGGACACUGAUGUUUAUAAACUUGACGUUGAGGCUUCAGAUAAGGGUCAGCCUCCUUUGUCUGCCCAAUGUCGAGUUAUUAUAAAGAUACAAGAUUUAAACGAUAAUAAACCUGAAAUUGAGCUGACAUCAUUAUCUAACAUUGUUUCAGAGGACUCUAAACCUGGCACAGUUAUUGCUUUGAUAAGCGUUUCGGAUAAAGACUCUGGCGCCAAUGGUAAAGUCGUGUGUAGUCUAUCAGACAAUGUCCCUUUUGAAUUUAAACCCUCUUUUCAAGAUAAUAUGUACUCGCUAGUGACAAAAGGACGUUUGGAUCGUGAACUUGUACCCCAUUAUGACAUAACAGUUACAGCAACAGACCUAGGUCUACCUCCUUUAUCAUCUUUUAAAACUUUAAGCAUUCAAGUGGCAGAUGUGAAUGACAACCAACCUGAGUUUACAAGUAAAGACCUUGAGCUUUACAUAUUUGAAAAUAAUGCUCCUGGAGCAUCCAUAUGUUCUGUAAGUGCAUCAGAUAAAGACGUGAACGAAAAUGCAUUGAUAUCGUAUCAAAUAAGCAGAGGGGUACAAAACGAAAUAACGUCAUUCUUAAAUAUAAAUUCAGAAACAGGGGUUAUUUAUUCACUUAAAAGUUUUGAUUACGAAACUAUCAAAACAUUUCAGUUCCACGUGCUCGCCACAGACUCUGGAAGUCCAUCUCUGAGCAGUAACGUGACAGUGAACGUGUUUAUUCUGGAUCAGAACGACAACGUUCCAGUGAUCUUAUAUCCAGUCAGCGCUAACGGUUCUGCUGAGGGUGUGGAAGAGAUUCCCCGUAAUGUGAACGCAGGUCAUUUGGUGACUAAUGUCAGAGCCUAUGACGCAGAUAUAGGAUACAACGGCUGGUUAUUAUUCUCACUGCAGGAAGUUAGUGAGCACAGUCUCUUUGCUUUGGACCGCUAUACAGGACAGAUAAGGACCCUUCGCUCAUUCACAGAAACAGACGAGGCCCAGCAUAAACUGCUCAUACUGGUCAAAGACAAUGGGAACGUUUCCCUCUCAGCAACAGCGACUGUGAUUGUCAAAGUUGUGGAGCCCAAAGAGGCUUUUGCAGCUCCUGAUGGUAAAACCGCAGUAAAAGACGAGGAGGAAAACAACGUCACAUUUUAUUUGAUCAUCACUUUGGGCUCGGUUUCAGUGCUUUUCGUCAUCAGCAUCAUCGUGUUGAUUGUAAUGCAGUGCUCCAAAUCUACAGACUAUUCGUCCAAGUAUUUACAGGACGCAAAUUAUGACGGGACUCUGUGUCACAGCAUCCAGUACAGAUCUGGAGACAAACGCUACAUGUUAGUUGGACCCAGAAUGAGUAUCGGCUCUACUAUAGCACCAGGCAGUAAUAGGAAUACUCUAGUCAUACCAGAUCGCAGGAGGAGGGAUUCUGGAGAGGUAAGAAAUUACUGA